AAAAGUCUCCACGCGAUACAUGAUUGAAAAAUACUCACAAAUUUAUUUCAUUUCUUAGAUCUCACUCUCGUUUUUGCUCUGCCCAUCCAACUCAUUCAUUUCCUCCCUAAGCUCUCUUCGCUUUCUCUCGCAUUACGAAUCAGUCAAAAGGUUCAGUAUGGGUUUUGCACAAAACAAUGUCGAUAUGGAGGAGGGAACUCUGGAGAUUGGAAUGGAAUAUAGAACUGUCUCUGGUGUUGCUGGACCUCUUGUUAUCCUUGAUAAAGUGAAGGGACCCAAGUACAAUGAAAUUGUCAACAUUCGCCUAGGAGAUGGAACAACCAGACGUGGGCAAGUGCUGGAGGUUGAUGGAGAGAAGGCUGUAGUUCAGGUGUUUGAAGGCACAUCUGGAAUUGACAAUAAAUACACAACUGUGCAGUUCACUGGAGAGGUUUUAAAAACGCCCGUGUCUUUGGACAUGCUUGGUCGUAUUUUUAAUGGUUCCGGGAAACCCAUUGACAAUGGCCCUCCUAUUCUUCCUGAGGCUUACUUGGAUAUCUCUGGGAGUUCCAUCAAUCCUAGUGAGAGAACUUAUCCUGAAGAAAUGAUACAGACUGGAAUUUCAACUAUUGAUGUCAUGAACUCAAUUGCCCGAGGACAAAAAAUUCCUCUUUUCUCUGCUGCUGGUCUUCCCCACAAUGAAAUAGCUGCUCAGAUCUGUCGUCAGGCUGGUUUGGUGAAACGUUUGGAGAAAGCUGAUGAUCUUCUUCAGGACCAUGAAGAGGACAAUUUUGCCAUCGUCUUUGCAGCUAUGGGAGUCAACAUGGAGACAGCACAGUUCUUCAAACGUGACUUUGAGGAAAAUGGAUCCAUGGAGAGAGUGACCCUUUUCUUAAACUUGGCCAAUGACCCAACAAUAGAACGUAUUAUCACUCCUCGCAUUGCUCUCACAACUGCAGAGUACUUGGCAUAUGAAUGCGGGAAGCAUGUGCUUGUCAUAUUGACAGAUAUGAGUUCUUAUGCUGAUGCUCUUCGUGAGGUGUCUGCUGCUCGAGAGGAAGUGCCUGGUAGGCGUGGAUAUCCUGGUUAUAUGUACACUGAUCUGGCAACUAUCUAUGAGCGUGCUGGACGUAUAGAAGGACGAAAGGGUUCCAUCACUCAAAUUCCUAUUUUAACCAUGCCCAAUGAUGACAUCACACAUCCCACACCAGAUCUUACGGGUUAUAUUACCGAAGGGCAGAUAUACAUUGACAGACAGCUUCAUAAUAGACAGAUAUACCCUCCAAUCAAUGUGCUGCCAUCCUUGUCUCGUCUAAUGAAGAGUGCUAUUGGUGAGGGCAUGACUCGUAGGGAUCACUCUGAUGUGUCUAACCAGUUAUAUGCAAACUAUGCCAUUGGGAAGGAUGUGCAGGCAAUGAAAGCUGUGGUUGGAGAAGAAGCACUUUCCUCGGAAGAUCUGCUAUAUCUUGAGUUCCUUGAUAAAUUUGAGAGGAAGUUUGUCACUCAAGGAGCCUAUGACACACGCAACAUCUUCCAGUCCCUUGAUUUGGCGUGGGCCCUGCUCCGUAUCUUUCCCCGAGAACUUCUUCACCGUAUUCCAGGAAAGACACUUGACCAAUUUUACAGCAGGGAUGCAUCUAACUGAUAUUGAUUCAAGUUCUUUGCAGUGGAGUCUUCUGUUUGACUGCCUUGGCAUGCACAUUUCUUCAUAUUGUUAUUUUGUUGGGUUGUGUAUCUCCUCUCUGGUUCAAAAUAAGAUUGAGAUCUUUUGAGCCCCACGGAAGCCAAGGCUCUAUGGCAGUACAAAAUAGUUAAUAUUUUUUCGAAAGAGAACCAGCUAGAUCCCCUGUAAUUCGUUUGUAUUAUUGUGUUGCUCUAGACGAGUGGUGCAUCUGCCUUCUUAGAUGAAAGUCUGGAAACAUUUUGUGGCUUCUGCGGAGUUUAGAGUCACCAUUAUAUAAUUCUACUAUUUGCUCAAGUUAUGAGUUUGUGAGAUGGUGUUUAAUGCUGCUGGACAGUUUUGUUCAGGGUGUGUUCUGUACCAUUAUGUUAAGAAAUAAAUGAGAAUUGUCUCUGGCCUUUUAACUGGUUAUCA